AUGGAACAAACUGAAGAAAACGCGUCAACAAAAGUGAAGCUUGAACAUAAACACAAGUGUCCUCACUGUGACCACGCCACGAAAGACAAGCGGAACCUGAAGCGCCAUGUGCAGACUCACACUGGUGUGAGACCUUACCAGUGCGUGACCUGCGGCCGAGGCUUCACCAGAAAGGCCCAUCUGCGGAUCCACGAGCGGACGCACACGGGCGACCGGCCGUUCCCCUGUCCACACUGCGACUACGCCGCGACUAGGAAACACGUGCUGGAGUCUCACCUGUGCCUUCAUACCGGUGAGAGACCUUUCAUGUGUGGGGAGUGCGGACACAGGGUGGCUUACAGGGGUGACCUGGUCAAACACAUGAGGAAGCACACCGGCGCACGCCCGUUUAAGUGUCCUGUCUGUGACUACGCCGCCGCGCAGAAACAGGGCUUAGAUCGACACCUUGCCAUGCACGAAGGAUCACGACCGUUCGCUUGCACCGUGUGCGGACUCCGAAUGUCGUGCAAGUCCAACCUCGCGAAGCACAUGAGGACUCAUACGGGACACAAGCCGUACCAGUGCCCGUAUUGCGAACACUGCUCGGCUCAGAAGGACAACCUUGUCCGACACUUGUCCAUACACACGGGAGCGCGGCCGCUAGUGUGUGGGGAGUGCGGGUACGGGACAGCCGACAGGUCCAGUCUGAACCGCCACAUGAGGAUUCACUCCGGUGUGAGACCUUACAAGUGUAGCAAGUGUAACUACGCAGCUACGCGGAAGCAUCACCUAAAGCAGCACCUGCUGACACACAGCUCUGAGCACCAGUACAAGUGCCACCAGUGUGACUACUCAGCCAUGUUUAAGAGAAACCUGGCACGGCAUGUCAAGAUUCGUCAUGUACAGAUUGCUGGUUGACGCUUUUUUUGGCAACACCUUCGGGGCGGAGGCAUUUACAUGACAUAGCUGCUGCCACUUAUAUAUUCAAACUGAGAAUCUAAAAUGUGUCAUUGAGGCCAACUAGUUUGUUUAGAUGAUUUUUGCAGAGCGAAAGCUGCCAAAGAUAAAAAAAAAAAAAUUAUUAUUAUAUUAAUCAAUAGUAUCUACCGGUACAUAUGUACUGUGUGUGUGGAUGUAUGUGUAUGUGUGUGGAUGUACCGGGA